GGCCAGGCCUCGCCCCGCCUGGGGGCGGGCCCCGCGCGCGCGGCUGUUUUGGGGAGUCCUGGUGCGUCACGCGCGGGGAGAUUUGCCCGGGCAGCAUGGCUCGCAGGCGCGGGGCCCGAGGGGAGCCGCGGGGACGCGAGCCGAGCGGCCGGAGCGCCAGGGGCAAGAAUGCGGCGCCGCGUGAGGAGGCGGCGGGUGUCUGUGAAGACAAGAAACCGGAAGCCCCCAAGAAGAGCCUCGUCCCCAAAGUUUCCCCAGGAAAGAAGAAGAGAGGUCGCAGUCGCCCUGGGGACUCCGCAGAUCGCCCAGCAAGAAAGAAGGUGGCCAGGGCGACUGUCACGUCUGAGAGCGUCCCCGUGAAGGAGGAAGCCCUGGGGGAAGGGGCAGAGGUCAGGGGCUGUUCAAGGGACUUCAGGAAGGCCCGUGUGAAGAAGGAGGCCCCCGUGGACAGAAGCAGCAGCGAAGGAGACGAUGACGAGGAGAGUGAGGAGGACUGGGAGGAGAUAUUUCUGCUGAUUCUCCGGGCGCUCCGGCUCCUGACCCGCCUGGUGCUCUCCCUCCAGCCAAUUCCCCUGAAGUUAUCUGUGGCAAAGGGAAGGGGACUGUCCAAGGAGAGGGCCGCAGAAGGUGCUGGACGCUCCUCAGAAGCCGGCCGCCGAGGCCCAGAGAACCCAGAGGCACCCAAGAGCAGCCCAAGAGCCGGACCAGGGGGAGCGUCUUCCAAGGGCCCCGGCCAGCGGGCGGCCAAGGCCACGAAGAGCAAGGCGGCCAGGCCCGGCAGGAAGCGGGGCGACUCCUCCAGCGACGAGGCCGAGGGCAGCCAAGGGCAGCGGCCCGGGAAAGCCCAGGGGCGUCCUCGUGGCCGUCAGCGACGGGUGACCUCCAGGGUCUCUUACAAAGAGGACAGCGGGAGUGGCCGGUCCAGCAGCAGCUCUGACUUCGAGCUCUCCAGCGGGGAGGCCCGUGGCUCUUCGGGGGAGGACUCUGAACCUGGCCCUCCGAAGCGGAGGAAGGCCCCCGCCCCUCGGAGGACAAAGUCUGGGCCCAAGAGUGACCACUGUCAGCGCCCGGCAGCGUCGUCGGCCUCCUCGAGCCGCAAGAGAGGCAAGAAGGCCGCUGGCGAGGCCGAGGAGGCCGCGGAGGGACCCGCCGGGGUGGACCAGUGGCUGGAGGUGUUCUGCGAGCGCGAGUCCCGGUGGGUGUGCGUGGACUGCGUGCACGGCGUGGUGGGCCAGCCCCUGGCCUGCUACAGGUUCGCCACCAGGCCCCUGGCCUAUGUCGUGGGCAUCGACAGCGACGGCUGGGUCCGCGACGUCACGCAGAGGUAUGACCCCGCCUGGAUGACCGCCACCCGCAAGUGCCGAGUAGACCCCGAGUGGUGGGCCGAGACCCUGAGGCCCUACCAGAGCCCGCAGCUGGACAGGGACAAGAAGGAGGACUCGGAGUUUCAGGCCAAGCACCUGGGCCAGCCUCUGCCCACAGCCAUCGGCACCUACAAGAACCACCCUCUGUACGCCCUGAAGCGCCACCUCCUCAAGUACGAGGCCAUCUACCCCGAGACGGCGGCCGUCCUGGGCUACUGUCGUGGGGAAGCUGUCUACUCCAGGGACUGUGUGCACACGCUGCACUCCAGGGACACGUGGCUGAAGCAGGCCCGCGUGGUGCGGCUGGGAGAGGUGCCGUACAAGAUGGUGAAGGGCUUCUCCAACCGCGCCCGCAAGGCCCGCCAGGCCGAGCCCCAGCUGCAGGACCACCAUGACCUGGCCCUGUUCGGCCGCUGGCAGACGGAGGAGUACCAGCCCCCGGUGGCCGUGGACGGCAAGGUGCCGCGGAAUGAGUUCGGGAACGUGUACCUCUUCCUGCCCAGCAUGAUGCCCAUCGGCUGCGUCCAGCUCAACCUGCCCAACCUGCACCGCGUGGCCCGCAAGCUGGACAUCGACUGUGUCCAGGCCGUCACGGGCUUCGACUUCCACGGAGGCUACUCCCACCCUGUCACCGAGGGCUACAUCGUCUGCGAGGAAUUCAAAGACGUGCUCCUGACGGCCUGGGAGAACGAGCAGGCCCUCAUCGAGAAGAGGGAGAAGGAGAAGAGGGAGAAGCGGGCGCUGGGGCACUGGAAGCUGCUGACCAAGGGCCUGCUCAUCCGCGAGAGGCUGAAGCUCAGAUACGGGGCCCAGAAGGAGGCGGUGGCUUCCCCCGCAGACGCAGGAGGUGGCCUGUCGUCCGACGAGGAGGAGGGGACCAGCGCUCAAGCCGAAGCUGCCCGGAUCCUGGCUGCCUCCUGGCCCCAGAACCGGGGGGCUGAGGAGGAGGAGCAGCCCAGGCGGCCUCUGCGGGCAAAACCCAGGCGGAUGCAGGUCCCAUUCGUGUCCCAGGGAGGGUCACGGACACUGCUCACCUGGUCCUGGAGACCUUGCGCAGGUGUGAGUGGGGAGGAGAGCACGGUGGACUGUCCUUGUGUCCCCUGAACUGUCCUCAUACACUUGUCACCAGACUCUGGCUUUCACCCUCCAGAGAGCCCCUGUCUGCAGGCUGGGCAGGCCCGUGUCCCCACAGAGGGUGACCGACUCAGGCCCAGCCCAGGGGCACUGCUGGACAUAGCCCUGCACUGGGAUUGGCCCCGGGUGGGCGCUGUCCCGCUGAGCUACGCCCUGGCCCUAUAGAUGGGGUCCUGCUGAGUGGCUGAGGCUGGCCUCCAGUUGUGAUUGUCCGUCCUGAGGCUCCCGGGUCACGGGGAUCACGGGCCUGUGCCACCACGUCUGGCUGAGGGAGGCCCCAGCUACUUGUUAUUUUUUUUAAUUCUGUUUUAUGAUGGGGUCUGAGGUGCUCAGGCUGGCCUCCACCUGGCCUCCGCCUCCCGAGCAGCUGGGUUGACAGCACCACUGCGCCAGCCUGGAGAAGACCUUUAAAGCACUGUGUACCUCCUGUGGCCCCACUGAGGGUCCCCUCAGCCCAGCUGUCCUGGGAUCUGGUGGGUGGUCAGGAGGGCUGCAAAAUUUGGCCUUGUACUUUUUCUAGAAGUUUCUAGAAGGAUCCUCCUUGCUCACUCAGCAAGCUUCUCAGUGCAUUCUCAGCAGGGGCAGGGGUUGGGCUUCAGAGCCCGGCAGGCAGUGCCCGGUGGUGCCAGACCACGGCCAGCCCUCAGGUCAGGGCCUGCUGGGGGAGGGGACCGUGGUGUCUGGGCAGGGUCUGAUGGACUUUGGAGCUCCCAGCCCUGGGAGCCUGGGCAGGUCUCUACCCAGAGCCUCAGGUCAGCCCCAUAAAGUAGUACCAGUCUGUCAGCCUGAAAGGGGUCCUUUUCUCUUUCAGAACUGGGGAACCAGCUCCAGUUGGGGACCAAAGGGGACUCUUUUUUCUUUUUUUUUUGGUACCAGGGAUUGA